UCCUCAUCAACCCUAGCUAGCUUGCUCACGCACCUUAAAUAAUGUCUACCUCCGGCGGCGCUUCCCCGCCGGAACAACCGGAAGUUUUUACCAGGAUCCGUCUCGCCGACCGGCGCGAUGUUCCCAACAUCCACCGCCUAAUUCACCAGAUGGCGGAGUUCGAGCUUCUCACCGACCUCUUCUCGGCCACCGAAUCAUCCCUUUCCUCCACCCUCUUCCCUUCCCCUCCACUCCUCCCUUUCCACUCCUUCACCGUCCUCAUCCUCGAGAUCUCCCAAUCCCCCAUCCACAACGCCGCUGAAGACGACUCCGACCAAGGGUUCCGCCCGAUCACGUGCCGAAUCGCUCUCAAGUCGACCUUUGCAGAUCCCGAGGAGUCGAUCUUCGCGUCACCGCGCGGGGAUGGGCUGGUGGUGGCUGGAUUCUUGCUAUGCUUUCCGAACUACUCCACUUUCAUGGGGCGGCCGGGGAUAUACGUUGAGGACAUCUUCGUGAGGGAGUCGUGGAGGCGGCUGGGAAUGGGGAAGAUGAUGCUCGCCGCGGUGGCGAGGGAGGCUGCGAGGAUGGGAUGCGGGAGAGUGGAGUGGUGUGUGCUUGACUGGAAUAAGAAUGCGAUCGCGUUCUAUGAGGGGAUGGGUGCUGAGGUUUUGCCGCAAUGGAGGAUCUGUCGGCUUACAGGCGAGGAGCUCAGCAAGUACGCCGUCGAUGAAGAGGAUUCCGCCGGCCGGCGAUAAUUUCUGUCGGUGAUUUUGGUUUUAGGGUUUCUUAAAUCUUGGUUGUAAUUUUGGAAUUAGCAAAUGAUUGUCUAUGGCUUGAAAUAGAAUUUUUAUGGUAGUUUUGGAUA